AAUUCCGAUUUUCGUGCAGCUCUUAGUCAAACCCACUGUUUUAAAACUAUCUAAUUAUUAUUUUAUAUCAAAUAAUGAGGAUAGGCUUAAAUACGAUAAUACUCUUUUUAAUUGUACUCUUUAUAUCUUAUGCAACGUGCUCUGAUUAUCAAGAGCCAAGUGUUCUUAUCUGCAUUUUAGUCCGUAAUAAGGAGCACAGUUUACCGUAUUUUUUAAAAUAUUUGGAAAAGUUAGAUUAUCCAAAAAGGCGAAUUUCAUUAUGGAUUCGGUCCGAUCACAAUAUCGAUUAUUCAAUAGAACUUUUGUCCAAUUGGAUAUCGAACCUUUCCCUAAUGAAUCAUCUCCACUUGACUGGACUGAAGAGAGGUUUAAACAUGUUAUGCAACUAAAACAAGAAGCUAUUGAUGUUGCUAGAAAUAAAUGGGCAGAUUUCUUCAUGGUUACUGAUGCGGAUGCUAUUUUAUCAAAUCCUAAUACGUUAAAAAUACUCAUAUCACAACAGAGAACCAUAGUUUCUCCAAUGCUGAAUAUUACAGGAUCCAAUACAUACAGUAAUUUUUGGUGUGGUAUGGACGAAAAUGGUUAUUAUCAAAGAACGCCGGAUUAUCUUCCGAUAUUAUUCAGACAUCACCAAGGUUGCUUUGAUGUUCCAAUGGUCCAUUCAGUUGUUUUAAUUGAUUUAAGAAGAAAAGAAAGCAAUUUUAUCAAUUUCCUACCAAAGAGAUUGGAUCUUUUUUCCGAUCAAAUUGAUGACAUUAUUUAUUUUGCACAAAAUAAUCAAAGGAACAGAAUUAAGAUGCAUAUUGUCAAUACUGACUACUUUGGAUGGAUGACUGCGCCACUCGACGCUCGUCAUCAGCUGACAACAGAGCGUCUCCGAUUUGAAGAAAUGCUACUUCAAGUGGCUGCUUACACAGACUCUCCUUUAGAAGGAUUAAGUUAUCUUGCUCCUGAACGAGGUCCAAGAGAGCUCUUAAAUUUCGAUAAAAUUUAUAUUAUCAAUCUAAAACGUCGUCCAGAUAGAAUGAAAAGAAUGAAAGCUUGCAUGGAUAUUCUUAAUAUAAAUUAUACUCGCAUUGAAGCAUUUGAUGGGAGGGAACUGUCUGAAAGCCGACUCAAGGAACUUGGUGUCCAAAUGUUAGAUGGAUACAAAGAUCCUUACGGAGAAAGACCAUUAACUUUAGGCGAAAUCGGUUGUUUUCUUUCCCAUUAUGUUAUUUGGAAGGAUAUUGUUGAAAAAGGAUACGAACGAGUAUUAAUAUUCGAGGAUGAUGUUAGAUUUAAGAACGGAUUUAAGCAGAAUCUUUUUAGAGCAAUUAAAGCAGCUGACAGUUUGUCGCAACCAUGGGAUUUAAUAUAUCUCGGCAGAAAGAGAUUACAAAAUGCCAAUGAAUAUACUGUAUCAGACGACAUACCAAACUUGGUUUGGGUCGACUACACGUAUUGGACAAUCAGCUAUGCUUUAUCAGAGUCUGGAGCCAGAAAAUUAAUUGGUCAAAACCCAUUAUCAAAGAUGAUAGCUGUUGACGAAUAUCUUCCUAUAAUGUAUGAUAAACACCCUAAUGAAGAGUGGAAGUCUCAUUUUGAGCCUCGCGACUUGGUAGCAUUAAGUGCAGAACCUUUACUGCUGGAACCAACUCACUACACAGGCGAAAUGGGUUAUAUAACAGACACAGAAAAUUCAAGAGUUGUUGAUGAUGAAGAACUCAAAGCCGAAACGCUGAAGGAGGAGGAAGAGCGCUUAGCUCAACAGACUAGGGGAGAAAAUACGAACGUAAGAGAUGCUUUAGGUUCAAAAUCACGUCUUUUUGGUGAUUUGUAACAGUGCUUUACAUUUAGUAGACAAGUGAAUUCUAUAAUAACUUUUUUUUUACAAAAAAUGUUCAAUAUUUUAGUUUUCCAGCAACAUUAAUACAAUUUAGCAGUAUUUUCUCAUAAGUUUUUAUUAAUGUGAUAUUUAUCAAUUUUUCCUUAUAUUUCAUCCUGACUAUCCUCUUUAAAAAUAUGUUUCUCAUCAAUAAACUGAAAUGAUGAACUCUCUUGGUACGAUAAAAAUUCUAUUUCGAUAUAGUGAUAACAAUUUCAUCAGUAAAAAAGUUUUUUUGGACAUGUUUGAAGGAUAACUUUGAGUAUUACUUGGGAGAAUGCUGUCGUGAACGCUUUCUAUCAUAACUUCUACUUCGAUCACGAUUCCCUUGGUUAUAGUCUCUUUUUCGCGUAUAGUCUCUUCGGUCAUCUCGUCGUUCACCUCCGUGAUAGUCUCUUCUUUCAUCUCGUCGUUCACCUCCGUGAUAGUCUCUUCUUUCAUCUCGUCGUUCACCUCCGUG